GAAAGAAAAGAAAUACGUUCGCCUUCUGAACGCCUCUCUGGUCCUCUGGCGCUCUGCUGGCUUCUCUUCCUUCUCUUGUUUUCAAGCGCGAAGUUCGCAACAUGGCGGGUAUCGUAGCCGAAACAGCCGCGAAAGAUGCCAAAAUUUUAGUGGUUGGCGCCGGUGGGAUAGGCUGCGAGUUGCUGAAGAACUUGGUGCUUUCCGGCUUUUCAGAAAUUGAAGUGAUUGACCUCGACACAAUUGACGUGAGCAACCUGAACCGACAGUUUUUGUUCCAGAAAGUUCACGUCGGCAAGUCUAAAGCCUUGGUUGCAAAAGAAAGUGCCGAGAAACUUAACCCCAACGUGAAGAUUACGGCACACCACGAUACCAUCAUAAAGCCUGAAUAUGGAGUGGACUUCUUCAAGCAGUUUUCGAUUGUCAUGAAUGCCCUGGACAAUCGAGGGGCUCGCAGCCAUGUGAACCGGAUGUGUCUCGCUGCUAAUGUUCCGCUCAUUGAAAGUGGCACGGCUGGCUAUCUCGGACAAGUCUCUCCAAUCUUCAAGGGGGCCACCGAGUGCUACGAGUGCCAGCCACGUCCAGCCCAGAAGACAUAUCCUGGCUGCACCAUCCGAAACACACCUUCGGAGCCCAUCCACUGCAUUGUCUGGGCAAAACACCUGUUCAAUCAGCUGUUUGGAGAGGCUGAUGCGGACGAAGACGUUUCCCCAGAUUCCACGGAUCCAGAGCUUGGAGGGGAGGUCAACGUGGAGAAGCUGGUGCAGCAGCAAACAAACUCCACGGGUAACGUCCACAGGGUGUCGACGCGAGUGUGGGCUGUCAACUGUGGCUAUGACACGCAAAAGCUGUUCAACAAGUUGUUCAACGACGACAUCCGAUAUCUGUUGCAAAUGGAGAAGCUCUGGAAGAGACGCAAGCCUCCUUGUCCGCUCAAGUGGUCUGCCCUGCCCGAUGCCCUUCCAUGCAGCAGCACGAGCACGAGUCGCACAGGGGAUCAGCGGCUGUGGAGCAUGCAGGAGUGUGGCGAGGUGUUCAAUGACUCCCUGACCCGACUGAAGGCACAGGUGCAAGCAUUGGCACAAGGUGACCAUCUUGUCUGGGACAAGGACAACAAGGAGUGCCUUGACUUCGUCACGUCGUGCUCCAACCUGCGGGCCCACUGUUUCGGCAUCCCGCAAACGAGCAAGUUUGACGUCAAAGCUAUGGCAGGUAACAUCAUCCCUGCCAUUGCAACCACCAAUGCAAUUAUUGCUGGCCUCAUUGUCCUCCAGGCAUUCAAAAUCCUCCAAGGAAAACAAGAAAAAUGCAGUGCCGUGUACCUGAAUCAGCAGCCAACACUCAAGAAGCAGCUGGUCAUUCCAACCCAGAUGGUCCCUCCUAACCCCAAGUGUUAUGCCUGCUCAUCAAAUGCUGAGGUCUAUGUCAACCUGAACACAAAGCAGACAACUCUCAGAGUUUUGGAAGAAAAGAUCCUGAAAGAGCAGAUCCAGAUGUCUGCACCGGAUGUUGAAAUUGAUGACGGAAAGGGUACUAUUUUAAUAUCUAGCGAAGAAGGAGAAACUGAAGGAAACCAUGAAAAAUACCUUGCUGACCUUGGAGUGGUUCAUGGUUCAAGAUUACGCUGCGACGACUUCCUCCAAAAUUUCCAGCUGACAUUGAAUGUCAUUCACAAAGAGGACUUGGAGGAAGGCAUUGAGUUUGAGAUUGUGGGCGAUAUUUCCCAGUUGCAGCCCAAAGAGGAGUCCUCGAACGAUGAAUCCAAUGACACUGCCAACAAGAGCAAGGAUGUUGUCAAUGCGAACGACGACGACGACCUUCUCAUCAUCGAAGAAGAAACUCCGAUGCCGCUCGUCACUGAGCUCCGCAAGCGCAAGAACACAGACAAUGGCAAUGUCCAAGUUCCAAAACGUCCGUGCAUCAUCAUUGACUGAACUCCAUGCUGCUGGUCGAAUUGCCUAAUUUAUUUUCCCGUGUCAAGCGGUCUUUGCAUACCUCUGUGAAUAUGUGCAGGAGACUGUUGGAUGUUGCAUUGUGCUGUGGGUGGAUUUGGCUAUUUUUGUUAUUGCCGUGUAUGCAAAAAAAGAAAAUGUGGGUAGUCUGCCAUUUACAUUACUUUGUUUCUCUUAACGUCAGACGUGGGAAAAGUUGCUUUUACUGUUAUUUCUUCCUUUAUUGUCAAGGUUAUUUGAUACCUGCUUUUUCUUAAGACUUUGGUAAUAAAAACAGUUUGUGGAAACAGGA